GAGAUGAGGGACCUUCACAGUGGCAUCGACCGCCUUCCAGCACACCCCUGGCAGGACUUUUCCGAGACUGUGGGCCCGCAUCCAGGUUUUUCGCAUAGGUCCGUUCUUACGUUUCGUGUCCUAUCUGGCACCGCUCCCGUUGCUGAUGCUUCGGCCUGCCCUCUGGGUUCAUUGCCUCGCCUUGCUCCACGUUGCCUCGUCCACCCCUCCCUCCUCUCUCCUCCGCCUCCUCCGCCUCCUCAUUCCCCCCACUCCGCUCCGGUGGUGGUGCUGCCAGUGGCCUCCCACACGAGAACGGCACCUGCCCAUUCCAUCGUUGCGCGCGCCUCCGCCUCCUGCUUCCCCCCACUCCGCACCGAGGUUGGUGCUGCUAGUGCACCCGGACAAGACCUCGCACCCGAGUGCCAAGGAGGCAUUCCAGCUGCUGGCGCCCGCGCUGCGCGGCUGACCCCCGCGGGGAGGGCGGCCGCGCCAUCGCCGCCUCAGCUUCCCUCCUACCUCUCUGCCUUCCUCUCUGCCCCGUGCUCAUUCCUCAUUUUCAUCUCCCUCCUCCUCCUCCUCGGUUCCUCCUCCUCCUCCUCCUCUUUUCCUCCUCCUCCUCCUCUUCUCCUC